AUGGCAAAUGAAUUGUUGGAACCGGCGUCAAUUGGUAUAUCAGAACCGAGACCACUCCCGCAAGGGAAUGUACCCGACUAUGAGGCCGAGUAUGUGGACACCAGAGUGCCCAGCCCUUCGACCCAAUCUGCCUUGCCCCGUGAUGAUAGGACUAUAAUCCAGAACUCCUACUUAAUUGCCUCAUGGCGGGAUUGCCGCUCUGGACCGUACUACAUAUUGAUCUCCAAUGGACGGAAGCCCAAAGCCGGGCCGGUAGGACCUACCCCACCAAAUAUGAGUGCCCUCUGGUUACUUCCACAAGCACAAUCAGACCCCUGGAGUAUCCGACAGAUGGCCUUUAACCAAACAACAAGCAUUGUUGAUGGCUUCUUCGAACAAGAGCCCCUUGGUCUCGCAGCAAUGUUCGGUGGCACCGCUGAGGAUCCUCUUCUCAGUUGGGUCUCCGAGCCGCUAGAAACCUGGGAAGCGACCAGCAAAGAACCGACGAACUUCACUCCACAGGCAUGCGAGCAUCUAGGGUGCAAUGAAACUCAAAAGUUCACAUGUAGAUCAGCACUCAAAAGACAUAUGGAGAACAAACACCUCCGUCGACAUAAGUGUACUAUCGAGAACUGUAACAGUAAAGGAUUUGGGAACGCAGGUGACCUGAAACGCCACCAGUCAACGGUACACAAACAGAACAGUCGAAAGCAUAUCUGUCCACACGCCGCCUGCAAACGACACAGACAUGGAUUCGUGAGGAAAGACAAUCUUUCUGAGCAUCUUAGGCGGGUUCAUCGCUCGCAAGCAGACAACAACGCUGUGUACCCGAACGAACAAGGUGAUCGGGAAGUUGAUGACGACUAUGAUGAGGAUCUCGAACUACGAGAUGAAGGUUGUUUGAGCUCUGUGAGCACAGAACGUCCACCUAACAGUCAAACUUCCCCAGACAAGAGUCUUUUGAUGGCAAAGCUCCAGGAGCUUGAGGAUCUUGAAGCAAAAAUUGAGAAGACUAGGGCACAUGUACAGGGGGACAUUGUGGCUUUGAAAAGAGUUCUUGCUAUCUUUUGA